AUGUCGACUCCCAACCCGCGCAACCGCCGGUCAAUGGGCAUCUCGGGGGCCGAGACGAAUACUCCCUCUGGCGAGACUACAUUGACUGGGCUCCAGCGCCUCCCGAGUCAUACGCGCUACCCGCUCACGCCCAGUCGCCUCAUCACGACAACGACGCCGUCUGCGCAAAGAUCUAUUUCUCGGUUCACGCCUCGGGGAAGACCGUCCAUGGCUCCAUCAACUCCAUAUGGACUUCGUGCCCGACAGCAAAAGGCCGCAAACACGCCCGGUCGCGAUCGACGACGGAGUGGACGAGUUCAGCGCGAGACUACAUUUGAUAUCUUGAGGAACCUUGGAAGAACGCUUGCACCCGUCUCAAAGCCAAUUCAAUCAUCGCCUCAAGAAGAAGUGAAGCCCGUGGAGGAGCCGAUAGAUGAGAUCGAAGAACUGGAUAAUGAGCCCGAAUUGGAGCGACCACGGGUCUCUCUUCCCAUGCAAGGAAGUGCAGAGGGCAGCGAAGAGGGCAGUCCUGAUAUACCCCCGCCUCGCUUGUCGCUUCCAUUUGACGACGAUGAUAUGACCUAUCAGUCCGUCGAGUUUCCUCGAAGGGAUCUAGCUAUCCGAGAUCAAGAACAAAUUGAACUUAGGCGCCGUCAUCUGCGGGAAAGCGAGGACUUUGGGGAAACCCAACUAGAGAGCGAUUCUGACGCUGGGGAAGAAACUGGCAUCAUAAUUGAUGACGGUUUUGGAGAUGAUACCAUGAUCAGUGGAGGUGAAUUUGAUCGAGGUGGAGAGACCGAGGACUUGCGCGGGUUCCAUUUCGACAUGAACUUCCCAUCUCCGAAUGCAAAUCCAAUGGAUGAUGAGCCAUUGGAAGGGGAGGACGGGUACACGGACGGAUUUGAACUGUCUGCGGGCGACAUCCAGCCGGUACCUGCGACGCCAUCGGACGAUGGCAAUGACGCAACUGGCGGCUUUGGGUUUGGUCUCGACUUCCCAACAGCCGCAUCUCCAAGCCAAAGCCCUGGAAUCAUUGGAGGUGGCCUGCGGGACGAGGGGUUCCCCACGCAGGGAAAGCAGAAGAAGUUUUCCCGUCAUGGAAUCCCCGUGCCAAAUUUGCCCGCUGGAGUGGUCAAGAAGUUGGCCACUCAAUUUGCCCGCACGGGAGCUGGUUCCAAGACAAAGAUCAACAAAGCUACGCUAGCUGCCAUCGAGCAGGCAUCCUCGUGGUACUUUGAACAAGUCAGCCAGGAUUUGGCCGCGUAUUCCAAGCACGCUGGUCGUAAGACCAUCGACGAGAGUGAUGUGACCACCCUGAUGAGGAGGCAACGUCAUAUCAAUAGCUCCACAACGGUAUUCUCCCUAGCUCAGAAGCAUCUCCCCAAGGAGCUACAACAGGAUAUGAGACUGGCCAUGCCUCCAUGA